AGGAAGGAGCAGCGCUUCAAACACACUGAUUAGCGCCGCAGCCCCCUAGCUCCGCUCCGUUACCGACCCCCGUCCCGCAGCUCGUUGUCGGCUCCCGGCGGAUGCACGAGUAGCGGUUUUGCUGGUCGGGAUUGCUGGUGCGUCAAGUUGUUGCUGGUGGCAGCCGGUGGCGCCCUGUUGAGUAUGUUUAUACAAUGAAGAGGCGCGUAGAAGACCAGGAACCAAUAUUUGCGCCCCAGCAACAGCAAUCGCAUCGUCCCCCAGUUCAGAGCAUUGCAGAAAGCUUUCAGCACCGGGCCCUUGCCCCAAUAUCUGCCGUGUUAGAGGCAGCUGCAGAAACCAUGCAGCCAUCAACUGGUAUCCAGUAUUCCAUCCCCCAAGGCUACCAGGUGUCAACAAUGCCUCAGAGCACAAGUGGACAUGGACACAACAGUGCUGCACCGUAUGUUGGUUCCCAUGCACACAGUUUAGCCGUGCAGUCACAGGGCCCUGCAGUUGUCCAAGGUCAUGUUCACACACCUGCACCCAUGUCUUCAACCCAAGGACAGCAGCAGCAGUUUCAGCGAUUAAAGGUUGAAGAUGCCCUGUCCUACUUGGAUCAAGUGAAGUUACAGUUCGGGAAUCAGCCACAAGUUUAUAAUGAUUUCCUUGAUAUUAUGAAAGAGUUCAAAUCACAAAGCAUAGACACUCCUGGAGUCAUCAACCGUGUGUCCCAGCUCUUUAAAGGCCACCCAGACCUCAUUAUGGGUUUUAACACUUUCUUGCCACCUGGAUAUAAGAUUGAGGUUCAAACCAACGAUCUAGUCAACGUGACCACGCCAGGUCAGAUCCACUACAUCACUCCGCAAGGUGUGUCUGUACAGAACAUCCCUGCAAGUGGAGGACCCAGUCAACCCCCAAGCCACCACCAGCACCAGAGUCUGCCACAGGCUGGCUCACAAACUACCAUCACUCCACCUGUUGCAGCCCAGCCUGCUCCAAACAAAAUCAGCAAGCCAGUUCAGUCUCCGGCCCAUACACCCACCAGCCAGCCCAAUCCAUCCAUCCCAUCUUAUGCCUCACCACGCUCACCGUCAGCUCAGUCCCACACCCCUGUCAGCAGCACACCGUCUAGUGGGCCAGCUCUUCAAAACAACCAGCCAGUGGAGUUCAAUCACGCUAUAAAUUAUGUCAACAAGAUCAAGAACCGCUUCCAGGGUCAGCCAGACAUCUACAAAGCCUUUCUAGAAAUCUUGCACACAUACCAGAAAGAACAACGGAACGCCAAAGAGGCUGGUGGAAAUUACACCCCGGCGCUGACAGAGCAGGAGGUCUACACUCAAGUGGCAAGGCUUUUCAAGAACCAGGAAGACUUGCUCUCAGAGUUUGGACAGUUCCUGCCUGAUGCUAAUAGCGCAAUGCUACUGGGGAAGCCGACACCAGACAGAGCAGAGUCGGUCCGUAAUGAUCACGGUGGCACAGCAAAGAGACCAUUACUGAACAACAAACAGAGGCUGAGUCAGAAUGGCCUGCCAAUCAGGAGACCUGCUGGAGUGGGCAACACACCCCUUGUGAAGAAGAAACCCAAAAUCAUGGGGAAAGACCAUGGCAUGACUGAGGUCGGCAAACUCAACACCAGCACUGAAACAAUGUUCUUUGAAAAGGUGAAGAAGGCUCUGCGGAGUUCUGAGGCAUAUGACAACUUCCUGAGGUGUCUGCACAUUUUUAACCAGGAAGUGAUUUCUCGCACUGAGCUGGUCCAGUUAGUUAUCCCGUUUCUCGGAAAAUUCCCAGAGCUUUUUACGUGGUUCAAAAACUUCCUGGGUUACCGAGAGUCUGCGCAUGGGGAGUCGUGCUACGUUGAGAGUUUACCCAAGGAGCGAUCUACGGAGGGUAUCGCCAUGGAGAUUGACUAUGCUUCCUGCAAGAGGCUGGGGUCCAGUUACAGAGCACUGCCAAAGAGCUAUCAGCAGCCCAAGUGCACAGGAAGAACACCACUGUGUAGAGAGGUCCUGAAUGACACAUGGGUGUCUUUUCCAUCAUGGUCAGAGGAUUCCACUUUUGUGAGCUCCAAGAAGACUCAGUAUGAGGAGCACAUCUACAGAUGCGAAGAUGAACGCUUUGAGCUGGACAUAGUAUUAGAAACCAACCUUGCCACGAUACGAGCCCUCGAAGCGGUGCAAAGGAGACUUUCUCGCAUGUCGGCGGAAGAGCAGCUGCGUUUCAAGCUGGACAACACAAUGGGUGGCUCGUCAGAGGUCAUUCACCGAAAAGCUAUCCAGAGGAUAUACGGAGACAAAGCACUCGACAUCAUUGAUGGACUGAAGAAAAACCCUGCAGUUUCUGUCCCAAUAGUGCUGAAAAGAUUAAAGAUGAAGGAGGAGGAGUGGAGAGAAGCCCAGAGAGGCUUCAACAAGAUCUGGCGGGAUCAGAAUGAAAAGUAUUAUCUGAAGUCACUUGACCAUCAAGGCAUCAACUUCAAACAGAACGACACCAAACUACUGCGCUCCAAGACUUUGGUCAACGAAAUUGAGAUGUUAUAUGAUGACCGUCAGGAGCGUACCUCAGAGGAAUCUGCCACACAGGCACCAAGUGGGCCACACAUGACCCUCACCUAUGAUGAUAGCCAAAUCUUGGAGGAUGCUGCCGCCCUCAUUAUCCAUCACGUGAAAAGACAAGUGGGCAUCCAGAAAGACGACAAGUUCAAAAUCAAACAGAUUAUCCACCACUUGGUCCCCGACCUUCUGUUUGCACAACGUGGCGAUCUCUCCGAUGUUGAAGAGGAAGAAGAAGAAGAGGAGGACGAGGAAGAAGACAUGGAGAUGGAACAGGAUGGCCCCAAGAAGCCCAACGGUCUGCCAGGCAGCAGCAGCUCCUUGAAGUCCAAGCUCCUUUUCAGCAACACGGCAGCUCAGAAGCUGCGGGGUACCGACGAUGCCUAUAACUUGUUGUUUGUGAACAACUACUGGUACGUCUUCCUUCGUCUUCACCAAAUCCUCUGCUCUCGUUUACUGCGGAUUUAUGGCCAAGCCGAGAAGCAGAUUGAGGUGGAUUCCCAUGAGCGAGAGUGGGAAAGGGAAGUGUUGGGGCUGAAAAGGGACAAAAAUGAAAAUCCAGCAAUCCAGUUGAAGAUGAAGGAGCCAAUGGAUGUUGAAGUUGAGGACUAUUACUCAGUGUUUCUGGAAAUGGUGCGAAAUCUUUUGGAUGGAAACAUGGAGCCAGCUCAGUAUGAGGACUCCCUGAGGGAAAUGUUUACUAUCCAUGCCUACGUUGCCUUCACCAUGGACAAACUAAUCCAGAGCAUUGUCCGGCAGCUCCAACAUCUUGUUACUGAUGAUGUAUGUGCGCGUGUAAUGGAAAUGUACCUGAGUGAAAGUGCCAAUAAAGGCACAGGGGGCACCCUGUCCACACAGGCAUCCAGGGCUACUGCAGAGGGGGCCUACCAGCGCAAAGCAGAGCAACUUAUGUCGGAUGAAAACUGCUUGAAGGUGAUGCUUAUAAAGAAACAGGGAUCUGUGAGUGUUGCAGUGGAGCUGCUGGACACAGAAGAGGAUAAUUCAGAUGAGCCAGCAGAUGCACAAAGGUGGUCAGACUAUGUGGGCAGGUACCUGAACUCAGACUCUGCAUCCCCAGAGCUACGUGAACAUUUGGCCCAGAAGCCAGUUUUCCUCCCCAGGAAUUUGAGACGGAUAAGAAAGUGCCAGAAAGGAUGGGAGCAGCUGCAGCAGGAAAGAAUGACCAAGGGUUCCUCGGACAAGCCGCAGGACAGCAACAGUGACCUGAAGAUGGAGUGCAUGUUCAAGCUGAACUCCUACAAGAUGGUUUAUGUCUGCAAGUCAGAGGACUACAUGUACAGACACACGGCACUCACACGAGCUCAUCAAUCCCACCAGAGGGUUCACACACGCCUGCACAGACGCUUUCAGGCCUGGCUUGACGCCUGGGCCAAGGAGCACGUGACGAGUGAAAUGGCUGCUGACAACCACAAGUGGCUGAUGGGAGAAGGACAAGAGGGACUGAUGUCCUGCACCACCACCUGCUGCCCCGAGGUCCUCCACUAUCUCACCGUUAACAAGUACCGGGUGAAGUACAGGACUCUGUAGUGCAACACAUCUCAACGAACUGCUGCAGUUGACAUUUUUCCAAAACACACUGCCAGGAUGACGUCUCCAACCUUCGAUUGCUGGGUUCAGUUGCCAAACAGUUCUGGGCUGUCCACCUGUAAUUCAACAAGGACCUAAAUUCUUCACUUCUCACACAUGAUCUCAUGAGCUCAUCUUUCAUGUUUUUAUUGCACAGUCUGCAGCCAAUGUGAGACUGAAGUUUUACAUGUGUCGCUGUCAAUAUGGAGUAAAAAAAGCAUCUCUUUGAACAAGAAAAACCUGGUUCAGAUUUCAUGAAUGACACCCUUAAGGCUAAAAAUGUAACCUUUUGUUUGAGGGCCAGAUCCGGUAACACCCUCAUCUUUACUUUCAGGUAACAAGAACAAGUACAUGUUAACUUUGUUAAGAUGUGCGUAUUUGGAGCUGGAGGGUAAUGUGGUUAAUUCAGCUGGUGCAAGAGUACUAACACACACACACACACACGCACACACGCACACACACACGCACACACGCACACACACACACACGCGCGCGCUUGCUAGAUGCUUGGCAUUAGCACAAUGCCAACUCUGCUAUAAUUUAUAAUUGCUUAAACACUUAUUGUAAAUACUUGUUAAUAUCUCUUUUUUUAAGCCAUUUGUCAUUGAUGUGUAGCAUAGAUUAGCAUAUAUAGUAUCGAUAAUUAGACAUAGCAGAAUUUUAUUAAAAGAUGGCAAACUCAACCAAUUUUUUUACCAAAGGAAGUCAGACCUUUUUCCUCUUUUUUUUUUUUUUUUUUUUUUUUUUUUUUUUUUUUAAUCUGUGGUCUGGCAAAUGUGUUGUCCCUAAAGUCUUUGUUAAGUAGAAAAGUUGCUUGUUUUUUUACACGAUUGGAUUCUUUUCCAUGCAUUUCUACCUUCAGGCUUCACACAUCGAUACCACACAAGAUUUAAAGAAUAUUGAAUGUAGCUGAGCAACAAUUUCUCCUUAUGAAAGUUCAGUAUACAGUGUGUCAGGUCUAAAGAGUACGUUCAACUCUUUCUUGUAUUUAAACUUUAUUUAAAGUGUAAUAUGGUUCCAAUCUGUAUGCCGGUUUAGUGGGGUUUUUUUUUUUUUUAAUGCAUCGCCCGUGAGCUGUACAUGUGUCGAUUUUAAUGACCUGUGUUGAAGAGAAACACUGACUGAUAAACAGGUCUGCAGAUGGCUGUCAGUCAUGUGACUUAUGUACAGUUAAAGGAUAAAGAAAAUGAGCAAUAAUUCCUUCAGUCACCGUUUAUCAAAGCUAUAAGUUUGUAUUUCUUACGAGAAUACAAAUGUGAAUAUUGUAUACCCUUAAGAGGGAUGUUAACUGAGGAUUUUAAAUGCCUUUUCUUUUCUGCAGUUUAAUACAUUUAUAAAUUGGCUCUUUUGACAAUGUAGGUAAGAUUUGAUGGAGUUAAUUACCCAUCACACUAAAUGCUGGACAGUGAGUCUCACAUUAAAAUUAUAUGCAUGAGUAACGGGGCUCUGUUAACUCAAACGUAAAAACUGUGAGUUCAUUAUGGAGCGUGACGUGGGCGGGGACGAAGGAAACAAAACACAAAGGCAACACUCAAGCUGCCUGACAAAGUGUCCAUGUUCCUGAGCUCCACUGGAGAUAAGUUAUCAUUAACAGAACCAGAUGCAGACAAUCUUUCAAAAGUUUCAUACCUGCGUUUUUAUUUUUAUAUUUACUGUGUAUAUUAUAGAAUAACACAGGAGGCUCUGGGGGGCUGAUUGUACAUACAGAUCUUGUUUGUACCUCAUCUAAUGUUGUCACUUCUCUUGACUUUUACAAUGUUGUACAUGAGUGUUAGUUUGGUGUUUGGCAUUAAACUAUCCUUUGAGUAGAUAGAAACUCAACUGACCACUUCCUGUUUUUAUAGGUAUAUAAUCCUGAAGUCUUUUUUAUGUUAGUCAUUUGACUAAAAAAAACAAAA